UCCAACAUGUCGCAUCUAACUGUGAAAGCUUUUGACAGUGAAGACAAUGCCAAAGCCCAAGCUCGAUCCAUUCUCGGACCGACGAAAGACGCGGAGUUCCUCCAGAGCUUCGUUAGAGUUGGAACAGGGGACGAAGACGAGGAGCUACCGAUUCAAAAGGCAUCCAUCAGCAAACGGGCACCAGUGGAGAAAAUUGACUCUUUCCCCGAAGAUGAAAAGUUCACUCCGACGGGGCGCAAGGAUUCUGAGAAACCCCAGAAAAAGAAGUUCCGUCGUAAACCGAAAAGGGAGAGACGACGUCGCGAAGAGGAACUCUACACGGACAAAGAUCGAGCUGCAGCCGUCGUGAUAGGAACUAGAGACAUCAAGCAGUCUCUCAGUAUGAAGGACAAGGCGGAGAGGAGCAACGCUCUGCAGCUGCCGAUGGAGGCGGAUGCUGGCACGCUGCUGGCGUUAGCGCGCGCUGAGAUGAUGAGGGAGAGAUUUCGCAGCGCACUUACUUUUGUGGACAAGGCAAUCGAACUAGCUCCCGAAGAAAAAGCCGCCUACGUAUCGCGCAGCAGGUGCUACCUACUGCUCGGGGAGCCCCACAAGUCGCUGAUCGACGCGGAGAGUGCCCUCAAACUGGACCCCAAGCAUGCCAAGGCCCUGCUACAGAAAGCCGAGGCCUUGUACUACUGCGGGGAGUUUGAGCUGAGCCUUGUACACUACCAUCGGGGACUUCGAGCAAGACCUGACCUGAGUGAGUUCCGGCUUGGGGUUCAAAAAGCACAAGAGGCAAUUGAAAACACAAUCGGGGCUGUAAAAACAGUGAAGAAGAGCUCAAACAAGCGAAGACUGUCGAAGUCGUCCCGACCAGUGUUGGGCCAACUGAUGUCGGAUAAGAUCUACCUCGAGAAUCUUCUCAAAAAUCCAGAUCUAGCGAUAGCGGAUAAAAAGAACGACGUAGUCAUGAAACAAGCUGAGGAGGCGAUACGGUUUUUGGAAAACCGGGAAGAGUUUUGGAGGCAACAACAAACUGCUUAGAGAAAAUGCAAAUAAAUAAUUAUAGAUAUUAAGAGUAAUAUAUCGUAGCCUAGUUUGGUGCCCGUGGUUCUAUAAGU